GCCGCUCUACAAACUCCCCAGCGCCUCACUAUCUGCCCCCCCCCCCCCAACUUGUGCGUUUGUGUGUUGUUUUGUUUUUUUACAUUCACAGUCGGAUUAUCACCACACCACCACCAACAGUGCAAACUCUUGCAUAAUUAAAACGACAAAAAUUGGAUAAAAUGGACGACCCGAAUUGCUGAGCUGGAAAGGUUUUUUUUUUCCAUUUCGAAAGCUCUUCACGUUUUGGAUAUAAAUUGCGACGCAAAGUGUCAGUUUUUUUUUUUUUUUUUUGUUCGAAUAGUGAAGCCAUACAAUAUUAUCCGGCGCUGCGUUCGCACGCAACAUGUUUCGUGACUAAUUCGACCCAUCCAUCAAGGGGGAUUCUUCUCUUUAAUUACUCGCUCUGAUUUAGUGUCUUACAUCUCAUUUUUUGUUUUUUCUUUCUGUCGUUCACAUAACGGUAAGCGGUAAGCAAGCUCUUGACACCUGAUCUCACAUUUGGCUGGGCCUUUUCAUCACGCGUUUAAUUACUGGAGCAUAACAAGUGAACAAUAAAGCUUAACAAGAAAUUAAGGAGCGUAGAUGCAAAGAAAUCAACGCAGAAAAGAGCGAACUGAAUUGAAAAAAAAAAAAUAAUAAUAAUAAAUUCAAAUUAGAAAAUGAUUAUCGGGGCCAAUUUGAGAUUUGGUGGGGGUGGCGGAACAACCAACGGAACGAGAACGUUCAACUGUCCGGCAAGCAGUUCGACAGAGGCCAGCCUAUUGUAUCUCAUCGCCAUUCUGGGCGUUGUGACCAACGUGGUCGUUAUGUUGCUCAUUCUAGGACGGGCGACGCUUAGAAGAUGGUCGCAGGGUUUGAUAUUCCACCAGGCGGCGGUGGAUUGCACGAGAGCGACGAUGCUGUUACCGCUGGCCUUGAGCCAUCAUUUUUGCCGGCCCGUCGCCCAGUGUUCCAUCUUCGAGACCGUCUUCCUACUGCUGGCCACCGUGUCGGCCGUCAACCUUCUGACCACCGUUCUCAACGACACGCCGCUCAUGCCCGACGACGACGGUAUCGACAUCGACUGGCUCGUCAACUCGCCCGACACGUCCCACUGGCUUCAAGACGAUGUCGACGACGACCAGGAAAACCCCACCAAGCAUCCGGUGGCGGCCGACGGCGGAUUCAGCGCCAACGUAGGCGCCAGACUCCUGGACGCUCCGCAUUGCGUCCUCUUCGGCAUCACCAUGAUAUGGUUCGCAGCCAUCACCGUCAAUCUCGGGCCGACCUUCAUCACGGGCGCGUUGGCCAACCACGUCGAAACGACGCCGCUCCACCCGGCCUGCCCGCUCAUCCAGACGCCCUAUCGCCACUACAUCGUCAAUUUGUUGUGGGUCGUCGUCAAUUCACUCUGUCUCGUCCUCACCGUCACCCAUCUCUACCGGCUCCAUCGCGACCUCAUACGGUCACGAAAACAGGCCGUCCGCGUCACCGGAGUUGUGGCGACAGUGGCCAGCCCGGCAGUGGCGGGCAAUGCAGACGACGAUAGCAACUUUCACAAACUGCUGAGGCGGCUAGAGUGCGAGGGUUUGCAGCGCAUCCGCAUGUUCACCACCAUCUGCAUUGUUUACGCUCUAUUCUGGGGGCCGCUCUUUUUGGUCGUGGCAUUUGGAAGCCGGGCCAGCGAAGAAGGACGAGGCCUGGCCUCUGUAGGCCCGCCCAAAGACCCCGCCUCCCACCAGGUCACGCUCUACAUCUGUUUCGCUCACGCCUUCGUCAACCCGACCGUCUUCCUCCUACUGCACUCGGGUCUCAGAGAGGCGGCCUGCUCCGUCCUGGCCUGCUGUUUCGGCCGCGAAUGCCGGAGCGGACAUCAUUCGCCCGACCCUUCCAGCCACUACGGCGAUGGUAUGGCGGGAUCGUUUGACCAUCGCAGCCAUCGUUUGCAGCCGCAACGACGGCCUCCGGCCACGCUAACGGGGCUCGUUGAUUACGAUCGAAUUAUGAAUUUCAACGGAGGGCCGAGUUUCCUAUCGCCGGUGCACACGUUCUCGCCCACCUUGACCGCACCGUCUUCUUCAACAGCGGCGGAUUCUCGGCCAAUGUGAGUCGUCGGAAACGGUCAUUUGACAGUCAAGAUGAAGCGACCGUGGAAAACAACAUCAUCUUCGUUUUACGAAAUAAAAGAACAAAAAAAAAAAAAAAUGAUCUUCAAAAACAGAAUAUGUGCUGCGAGAGGCCGGCCCAAGUGUGUUCCUUUUGACUUUCUUCUUUCGAUAUUUCUUUCCCUUCAUCGUAUUUUAAGAUCUUUAUGCCAUGUACGCCAAAACGGGGAGAAAAACAGAGGGCAAACUAGGUCUUAAAAAAAAAGGCAGUGACGGUCUGACGGACCGUUUUUUUUGUUUCUCCCCCGAUGCGAGCAAAGAUCCUGGCAUGUUUGUCUUUAUUUAGUGAUACAUAGAUAUCGGAGCCAAGAGCAGUGCUAAGGGCCAAAAGCAAAUCAUCCAGAAAGCCUUUCCAAUUUGUAAAAAAAAAAAAUGAAAAAAAAAUGGGGGGUUACGAAAGAGAUUCAAUUCCUGCGCAACACAGUAGCCUCUCUAUCUCUCUCUCUCUCUCUCUUUUUCGCUAUCUCUCUCUCUCUACGUAGCUGCCUUCCUAGUCCUCACAAUUUCGUAUAACGGCUGCGCACUCAUCCGACAGUAACCAACAAAGAAAAGGAACCAUUUUGAUUCCGAGAAAAUGCAAUCUUACUUGUUCAAAGCCUCCUAAAAGUUCGGUUGUAUCCAUCGCCGAGUUGGUAUUCAGGACGUCGAGGGGAUGGCCAGUCAGCUGGGCUACCAAACGCACCAGGCUCGUUUUCCCACUAGCCCUCGGGCCAACCUAGUUAGAAUAUUUCAUUGAAACUGUUACUUCAGCUGUCAAGAUCGAUAUAAUUUCAGGAUAACUUAAAUUUAAUAAAAAAAAAAAAAACAGUUAAAAAAAAUGUAGCAUAGGCCAUGUCAACAAAUGAACCUUUCCAUUCUGUUAACACAUAAUCCAUAAUUAGAUAUGUGCUUAUUCGAGCUUUUUCGAUGUAAUUUAAACAGCCAAACCUGUUGAGAGCAUUGUGUGGGGUAUAACUUUUUAAUUACUUUUCUCUGCUGAUGAUUCCCGAAACUUGUAAAACUCAAAACUAAUAC